UGAGGAUGAUUUUUGUACUCAUUCAAUUUUGUCACCUAGAGUCUGGGAUCCUCGCAUAGUGUCUGAGACAGGAACUGCAGAUGUUCCCAAGUCACAUUCUACUGGUAUGCGCACUGUACCAAAAGCUGAAGCUAAAGAGCAUGCUGCAUCUGCAAGAAUAGUAGACAAGAACAGGGAGAUGCUCUUAUCAUUUUGGUCAAAAGCUGAAGAAAAUGGCAUUAUUCAUAAUACGAUUUAUGGGAGAGUAGCAGUUGAGUAAGUCCCCCUUUGGAAGAGAGUAUCUUGUGCAUGGAAAAGCAUAGAUUGCGGAUGGAAAACUUUUGCCUUGAUGCUCCAAAUUCUGGGACGUUGAACACUCCAACCAAGGUGCAGUGCUCAAGAUCCUGUCCUAUUAUGCUUUUGAAAAAUAAUGACCAAAAGGGCUUGUUUAUCGGAUGGACCAUUGUGCUCCCCUUGAGUUGGGUCAAGGCCUUUUGGGCUCCUAUUGUCUCUAAUGGGGCUCAUGCAAUAGGUUUGAGAGAGAAGCACUGGAUUGCAUGUGAAAUGGAGUUGCCAUUUUUUCCUUUGGAUUUUCCUGAUUGCAAUGCAUACUCAUGUUUUAUGGCAACAGAAGAUGUUGCGUCUACUAAAAAAGCAGAACGUUGUCCUCCUGAUGUCAGGCCUUGGAAAGUUCCCAUUCCACCUCCAUGGGACACCAUUCGGCUUGCUUUGAACAAAAGACCCAGAAGAGUUGGAAAUAGGGAAACUUAUAAUGAGGAAGAUAUCACUAAUGGGAAUUCAUUGGCCAUCUCUAAUUCUGGAAAUUGUGCUAGCUCGGUAUUUGUUCAUCAUAGCAAUGCAUUUGACGGAAUGGUAGCAAGGACGUGCUUUGUGCUGACUGAUUUCUUGAGAGAAAUCCAAGGUGAUAAUUUGCUUCUAUUUCCUCAACUACUGGACCAGAAGACGAGCAUUUUUAAGUUAAUGAAGGAUGAAAGCAUGCUUGGCCUCAGCCUAAAGGGAGUUGCCCAAUCUAGUUAUGAUCGUAAACUAUGUUUUGUUAGAGUUCUUCUCAAUGCUUACAAGGAAGGUGUUUUUGAAGAGGGAGCAGUUGUGUGUGCACCUCAACUUACGGAUGUAUCAUUGUUUAUUUCAAGGCUUCAUGGGUGGGAGAGCAAUUUGAUGAAAUGCGUAUGCCUGGAUAAUUAUAAAGGCAGGGGAAUGACAAGGGAGGACUUCAAAUGCCUCAAUCUGCUGUCAGAUCGUAUUUCAAAGAGCAAUCUUCUGCUAAGUGGGAACUCCACAUACCAGAAGAUGUUGCAAGGGAAGUUCACCGGUGGCCAAUCGGCUUUGUGACAUCUGGAUUUGUUCGAGGGAGCAAGAAGUCAGCAGCAGAGGCUUUAUGCGAGGCAGUCUUACUUGCUCAUCUUAGAGAGGAGCAGUGGAAGAACAUGUCCGCAAAGCGGAGGAAGGAGAUCUAUGUCCUGGUUAGGAAUCUAAGAGCAUUGGCAAUGGCCUA